CGUCCUGAUGGCGGGAGAUAUAAAUACUGUCCAGUCAAUUUUCGAUAGCUAUAACUAUUAAUAAUCACAUCUGUAAGAAAUGCGUUAAUUUAAAAAUAUAUAAUAGUGCUGAUUAUUACUGAUAUCGCAUCUGGACACAAAGUUAAAAAGAAUAACCGAAGAACAAUGAAUCAUAUAAGGAAUAUAAAGGAAAGGCUGAACAUCCCAACUGGAAGCAGAAAUGCGGCUACUAGCGGCUACUCCAGUUUAAUAGACUCUCAGCUCUUCUUUGGGUCUCAGUUUUGGCUGGAAAAUUCUCAGGGCCUGUCUCAGGAUAUGAGUGUGUCAUCCAGGAAUUCCCAGCAAAGUUCACAAGAGGGGAGUGGCCCAAAGUUUUCAAGUAGUUAUCAAACUAAACCUCUUCUCUUUGGAGACUUCAAGGACAAAACCAGUACUUCAGGUAUACUGGAUAAAUUUGAAGAGGACAAGAAAAAGGCAAAAGAAAAAAAUGACAGUGAUCACUUUGCCAAAGAAUGCCAGCAUAUCAGAGAAACACUUAGAAAUAUUCAACAGUUUGUUGCCGGCACUGAGAGAAAUGCAGCUGUGAGCCAAAUAGUCUCUGAAAAAAUUGACAAUUUCACAUCAACAAUACAAAAUCAUUUGGACCAUCUUCAGGGCCACAUCUCCCAGCAGUUUAAGUCUUUGAAUGGAGACAUUCUAGCAGAGCUUGACUCACAUCUGCAAAGCAUAAAAAGUAGCCUGGAGGGACUGAGGGAGGAGCAGGGAAGACAAGGGCACAUGCUCGAAGAGGUCCUGAAGCUGCUCAGCACUUUAGUCUCAGAGCAUUCAGCCAAACCCCACACUGAGGGAGUGAUGGACAGCGCCAUCCAGACAUCACCAGCACCGGAGGCAUCAGUGUCCAGCAUCCUGCACGACAACAAGCUUGAAGGCACGCAGCUCACUAGUGCAUCAUACAACCUUGAAGAAAAUCAGGGUGAAGUUCCCCGUCAGGAUCGCAGCCACCUUGCUGGAAACCGGAAAUUCACUCCAAGACCACAAAACAGGCUCAAAAAGAGACCGCUGGUUCUCUCACAGAGGAGUAUGCAUGCUGCCUCAGAUGAAAACCGUCGACCUCCCAUGAACUAUAACAAACAGCAGAAAUCUAAGAGCUGUGAUGUGAGCAUGAUGAGCAGUAAGGGCAGUGUCAAUCCAGGCAGUCUGAUGCCACUUGACAAGGAGACCAGAUCCUGUGAAGCUGCAGGUUGUUUCAUCACCCCUCUGAGCUGCUGGUCUCAGGACAGCGGCAGCUCUGUGUGCCUCGCAGAAAUAGAACCCAUCUUAGAGAAGCUGUCAGCUGAGCAGGGGUCUCCAAUAAACCCAGGAGGCUUCUGGCAGCUGUUUGAUUCUGAAUCAGACCUUUAAAGAAGGUGCCAGAAUAAUUUCCUUUAAUUACUGUCAGAGCAUAGAGGAUAAAAGACAAAAGUGUGCAUCUGUAUUUAUUACUUGUAUUUAUUAGUUCUGACCUGUGUUCUACUGGAAAUGUGUUCCUUUCUGUCUUUGUGAAAGAGCUGUAAAGACAAAUUAAGCACUGUGU